UGGGAAGUCAGUACAGAAGGCGUCAACCUUCUUCUGGACUAUGGCAUUGAGUAUGAUCACAGCCCGGGUGACCAUGACUGCCAGUGUUUCUACACGCGUGUUAAUGACAGCUGGACCAAGAUUGACUAUACCAAGAAUGCUGAAACAUGGAUAAAAUCUUUUGUGAGGAGCAAUCCUUCAGUUUUGGUACAGAUUCCAGGAAUCUGGUAUAUUGAUGAUUUAUUUUCCAUGAAGUUCAUUAAGUCUUCAGCGAAUAGCCAUGGAUGGGUCAGUCCGUGUGACGUCGAAGAUAUCUGGCGCGACACAUUUGACUACUACUACCAGAAGUAUGAUGAGUUUGUAUUCUCUAUAACUAUCCACCCAGACGUAUCUGGGCGUCCGUAAGUAUUGUUAAUGCACGAAAGGUAUGUUUACGCAAUGAAACAUGGAGGAGUUGGGUUUGUCAUAUUUGUGGAAGUUUGUGACAAUUUCAAAAGCAAGGAUCUUCUACCGCCAGAUGCUGCGUUGCCCGCUGACCCGGAUGUUGUUGCAAAGAGGCUUGGGCUAAAUUAGGACUGGAUUAUAGAAAGUCAGCAGCGCCGGGUUCUGUGCUUGUCAAUGCCCUAAUAAAUCUAGUCAGGCGAGCAUACCGCAUAAGAAUGGCUUUUGCUCGGAGCUUUUCUGAACUUCGUACCGUUUUUCAAG